GCUCAACAUGGUCGCAGCCGGUCUGCUCUUUCUCUCGGUUCUGCCUCUGGCUCUGGGCAGGCCCAGUUCCUCAUCCUCGCUCGUUACUCGCGCCAGCGCGAAGGCCGUUCCCGAGGGGUUCUCCCACUCGAACAGCCUCCCCCCGGCGAUGUUCAGAUUUGUCUUGGGCUUGAAGUCUGAUUCGACCGCUCUGGUGAACUCGUUGCUCGAUGUCAGUGAUCCCACCAGCUCCAAGUACGGACAGCACCUUUCCAAGGACGAGGUGGACUCGCUCACUGCGCCCUCCGCCGAAGCUGUGCAAACCGUCACGAACUGGCUCACCAAGAACAACAUCACUGCUUCGACGUACUCGUCUUCGGGUGACCUGCUCGCCAUCCAGAUCCCGCCCGCGCAGGCGAACACGCUGUUCAACGCGAACUUCACCUCGUAUGUUCACGACAAGACGAACACAACCAUGGCUCGCACCAUGGCGUACUCGCUGCCCGCGGACGUCAGCGAACACGUCACCUUCGUGUACCCGACGACCCAGUUCAUCCCGCCGCCGACGCGUGCUCCUGCCGUCCGCGUCGUAAACCGCAUCCCGAAGUCGACAAAGCGCACGACCUCCAAGCGCGCUGCCGUCGACGCUCAGUGUGCGACGACGAUCUCCCCGGCGUGCCUGAUCGAGCUUUACAACAUCCCGACGACGCCCGCCAGCGCCGCAGGUAACAGCCUCGGUGUGAGCGCGUUCGACAACGAGGUUGCGAACAAGGACGACCUUGCGGACUUCCUCAGCCAGGCGCGCCCUGACAUCACGAACGGCACCUUUGCAGUGCAGUCCGUCGAUGGUGGCUCCGACAGCGGUGAGGGCACCACCGAGGCGAGUCUCGAUAUCCAGUACACCGUCGGCGUGGCGACGAAUGUUCCGGUCACCUUCGUCACUGUCGGCCCGAAGACGCAGGACGGCGCACUCGACGGCUUCCUUGACAUCAUCACCACGCUCACCAACCAGGAGAACCCCCCUCUCGUGCUGACGACUAGCUUCGGCUUCGACGAGACGCCCUUCUCUGAGCAAGCCCCUGAGCUCGCGGAGACGCUCUGCAACGCGUACGCUAAGCUCGGUGCCCGUGGAACCUCUGUCUUGUUCGCAUCUGGCGAUGGUGGUGUCUCCGGCUCGCAGGCUGAUGACUCCUGCGAUGGCGCUGCGUUCAUUCCCACCUUCCCCGCCACUUGCCCCUUCAUCACCGCUGUCGGAAGCACGCAGGGCAUCAGCCCCGAGACCGCCGCCGACUUCUCUGCGGGCGGUUUCUCGAACAUCUUCGCGCGCCCCGACUACCAGACCGACGCCGUCGACGGCUACCUGAAGACCCUCGGCAACACCAACGCGGGUCUCUUCAACACCACUGGCCGCGGAUACCCAGACGUCUCCACCCAGGGUGUCCAGUUCGUCAUCGAGGCGGCUGGCCAGCUCCAGGGUGUCGACGGCACGAGCGCGUCCAGCCCCACCUUCGCCUCCGUUGUUGCGCUCCUCAACGACCAGCUGCUCAAUGCUGGCCAGAGCCCGCUCGGCUUCUUGAACCCCUUCCUGUACUCCAAGGGUGUCGCCGCGCUUAACGACAUCACGUCGGGCAGCAACCCCGGGUGCGGUACCCAGGGCUUCCCCGCUGCCGCUGGCUGGGACGCGGUCACUGGUCUCGGUACUCCUGACUUCACCAAGCUCUCUGGUGUCGUCACCGGCGGCGCUGCUGCCACUGGCACCGACAACUCGACCGACACCGGCGUAGCCACUGGUGGCGACAACUCCACCGACACUGGCGCGGCUGCUGGAGCGAACUCGACCGACGCCGCGGGAACCGCCGCUGCUACCAGCACCGCCGCCGCGGGCAAGAAGGGAAAAGGCAAGGGCAAGGGCCGCAAGGCCAAGGCCGCCGCAGCUGAGAAGUCGAAGCGUCUCUGGUGAGAUGCUUCAUUUCGAUAUUUUUGAGCCCACUUUGGCAGAAUCGCGAGUUUGUACCUAAUCGGAUACAUGUUGAGUAUGGAACUGGAGGGCGACGGCGGCCCCACC